UCGUGAUUUUUUGUGCAAAUUUUCCUCAAAAUCGAUUCAAUGUACAUUCCAAAGGAUUAGUUUCCUACUUAAAAUCCAACAGUGCGCAUGCUAGCAUUAGGAAAUCGCAAAACAUCCCGCCGAGCAUCAUGAACGACGCUAAAGUUAGCGUAAGCUUCUCGUGUCAGCGCUGUCUGCAGCCAAUCCACAUCGAUGAUUCCUUUGCUGCCCUCGGGGAGCACACCCUGGCCGAAUUGGCUCUACCCAUCAAUUCGCACAUCGAGGUGGAUAUCGAAUCGCAAUCUGCCAGUAUGGAUCACUUUGUUCCUCCAUUCCGCUUCGCGGAAUGCAGCGGAACCGAUACCAAUGGGUUUAUGUUACUUUCCGAUGGUCCGGAUCGUGAGUCACUUAGCCAAAAUUUACGCGUCAAAGCGGAGCUGUUUGAUACGCUUUCGAAUAAUUCCGAAAUCGAUCAUCCUCUAUGUGACGAGUGCACGGAUACUCUGCUGGAGUUGAUGGACAAACAGCUGAAGAUGGCAGAGGACGAAUGGAACGAUUAUAAUAACUACCUGAAAAAGCUAGAGAUGACGGACGACGUUCCGAACGUGGAUCUGCUGGAGAAAGAACUGUCUGAUUUGAAAGGCGACGAAGAACGAUUACUGCAAGAGUUGGCCGAAUUGACCCGCGAGGAAGAUGCUAUCAAAUUGGCUGUUAAGGAGCAUGAGACGGAGAAACAGAGGCUCAGUAAUGAGGAGGAGAAGUACUGGCGGGAGUAUACCAAGCAUCGGAGGGAUGUGAUUACAACGGAGGACGAAUUCCGAUCGCUCGAGUGCCAAAUGUCGUACGCACAGGUCCAGCUUGACAAGCUCAAAAAGACCAACGUGUUCAAUGUAACGUUUCACAUUUGGCACUCGGGACACUUUGGAACGAUCAACAACUUCCGUUUGGGGAGGCUGCCUUCGGCACCGGUUGACUGGUCGGAGAUAAAUGCCGCCUGGGGACAAACUUGCCUGCUGCUGUCCGCGUUGGCUAGGAAGAUGAACCUAACGUUCAAGAACUACCGGUUGGUACCAUACGGUAAUCAUUCGCACAUAGAAGUGCUGAGCGAUGGGAAGGAACUUCCACUGUACGGGAGCGGCGGAUUUCGGUUUUUCUGGGACACAAAGUUCGACGCUGCAAUGGUGGCUUUUCUGGAUUGUCUACAGCAGUUCAAGGAGGAGGUAGUCAAGAAAGAUCCGGACUUUUGCCUGCCCUAUCGAAUGGAGAAGGGCAAGAUAGAAGACUCCGCUACGGGGAACAGUUAUUCAAUCAAGAUUCAGUUCAACUCUGAGGAGCAAUGGACCAAGGCGCUUAAAUUUCUGCUGACGAAUUUAAAAUGGGGACUUACUUGGGUGUCCUCGCAGUUUACCGAGGAAAAACAGGUCGCCUAAAAUUGGCUGAUGCUGAUUGAUAGUGAAAUGUUCUGUACGUAUGUUGAUAUUUAUUAACUUUACUUUAAUUUGGCUUUAACGAAAAGAAUCAUUUAAGAAUAAGACGAUUGAUUGUGUAGAGAGAAUUAGAACUUUGUAAAUGUUUAUGUAUCUAUGAAUUGGGAGAUAAACUGUUAGC